AUGCCUGCCUUACCAUUUGUCGCCGGCCCCUCUACAGGGCACACACACACGGUCAUUUUGUUGCAUGGCCGAGAUAGCGAAGCACAAGAGUUCGCAUCCGAGUUUUUUGAGUGUGAGGCCACAGGUACCGAGCCAGACCGAACGCUGCCGGCUCUCUUUCCCACAGUCAGAUGGAUUUUCCCACAAGCCAAGGCCUUGUAUGCCAAGCGCUUCGAUAUUGAAAUGUCCCAGUGGUUCGAUAUGUGGAGUGUGGAGGAUCAGCAGGAGCGCAUCGAGUUACAAAUCCCAGGUUUGCAGUCAAGUGUUGGUCUAAUCGCUGAGUUGAUCAGAGAGGAAGAGAUACUUGUGCCAAGAAAUAGAAUAUUUCUUGGCGGAAUUAGCCAAGGGUUUGCAACAGGAGGUUUCGCCGGCCUCUGCGGGUUCUCCAGUUGGCUACCGCUCUUCAACCAAGCUGCGUCAGAUAUCGAACUCAUCAAGGAAGAAGAUACUGGUGGAAAGCUAGCUGCUAUGCAGCGACUAUACCUUGACGGCGCAACCAAACAACAGACGUCUUUGUCACUACAGCAACUGACGUCAACACCAAUUCUGCUUGAGCAUUGUGACGAUGACGAGAUUAUUAACAUUCAAAGUGGCUUUCUCCUGCGAAAUUUUAUGGCCCAACUUGGCCUCAGCGUUAGGUUUCAUAAUUAUGAAGAUGGAGGUCAUUGGAUUAAUGAGCCGCAGGGCGUGGAUGACUUUGUGGAUUUUUUGAGGCAGGGUAUCGAUAGGUGUACUUGGAGCUGUUAA